GUAUAAAGGGGUGGACCCAGCAGACAGCCAGGGUGCAGGGAGCCAGCGGACAAGUCUGUGUGUCUGCCUCGCUCACCAUUCUCACUCUGCACCAUGGGGAAGGACAGGUUGCCCGGUGGCUCGAACAUCUUCCUCCUGCUCCUCUUCCUCCUCCCUGGAAACACCUCACCCACCACCGAACCGCAGUACAUGGUGCUAGUGCCCUUUCUGAUCCACACCAACAUUCCUGAAAAGGUCUGUAUCCAGCUGACCCACCUGAAUGAGUCUGUGACGCUGAGCGCCACGCUGGAAUACGCAGGGGAGAACAGGAGCCUGAUCGCAGACGUGGUGUCGGAGAAGGACAUGUUCAAGUGCGUCCCGUUCACAGUUCCCAAAUCUAACAGCUCAUCAGCAGCGUUUCUCACGGUGCUGGUGAAGGGGCCAUCGCUGGAGUUCAGGAGCCGGAAAUCGGUGCUGGUCAAGAACUCAAAGAGCCUGGUCUUUGUCCAGACGGACAAACCCAUCUACAAACCGGGACAAACAGUCCUGUUUCGAGUUGUCUAUCUGGAUGAAAACUUCCAUCCUCUGAAUAGGUUGGUUCCACUGGCCUAUAUCGAGGACCCACAGAAGAACCGUGUGUAUCAGUGGCAAGAAGUUGAGUUAAAAGGGGGCUUCACCCAGCUCUCCUUCCCCCUCACCUCCGAGCCCAUCCAAGGGACCUACAAAGUGGUGGUGCAGAAGAGCUCUGGGGACAAGGUGCAACACCCCUUUACUGUGGAGGAAUAUGUGCUGCCCAAAUUUGAAGUGCUGGUGAAGCUGCCCAAGAUGAUCAGCAUCCUGGAGGAGAAGUUGAAGGUGACAGUCUGUGGUCUAUACACCUUUGGAAAGCCAGUCCCUGGCCUUGUGAACUUCCGUGUAUGCCGGAAAUAUAACCACCCAGGCACCUCCUGUUAUGGCGAGGAUGCAAAGGCAGUGUGUGAGGAGUUCUCUGGACAGGCAGACAGCCACGGCUGCAUUUCUGAAGUGGUAAAGACCAAGAUAUUCCAGCUCAGGCGAGCUGGGUACGAGGAUAAAAUCCAAGUGGAAGCCAAGAUUAAAGAGGAGGAGACAGGGGUGGAGUUAACUGGGACGGGCUCCUGCAAACUCACAUCCACCAUUAGCAAAGUCACCUUUGAGAAAGUGGACUCCCAUUACAAACCUGGGAUCCCCUUCUUUGGGCAGGUGAAGUUGGUGGAUGGGACCGAUGCGCCAAUCGCCAAUGAAACAGUCCAGAUUUCCGUGGAAGAGAGCGGCUAUCAAGUCAACUACACGACAGAUGAUCAGGGGCGAGCACGGUUUGCCCUGGACACAUCUAAGUUCAAGUUCGCCUCCAUUGGGCUCAGAGCAACUCAUAAAACAGGCGCCUACUGUUACGACCGUUCCUGGACCAGUCCUUCAUACGAAUUGGGCUAUUUCAGAGCAAAGCGGUUUUACUCUUCGAGUAACAGCUUUCUCAAAAUAGAGCCUGUGUCGGAGAUGCUAAGCUGUGGCCACACUCAGGAAGUCCGGGUGCACUAUAUCCUGAAGCCAGAGGCUGUGGGGGAGCAGAAGGAAAUCAUCUUUUACUAUUUGGUAAUGGCCAAAGGAGGCAUUGUGCGAGCAGGGACCCAGGCUCUGGCUGUGGAGCAUGGUGAUGUUAAUGGGACCUUCUCACUGAUGCUCCCCGUGGAGUCUGAUAUUAUGCUCAUAUACACCAUUUCACCCAAUCAGGAGCCUAUUGCUGAUUCAGUCAAAUUCCAGGUCGAAAAUUGCUUUGCCAAUAAGGUUGACUUGCAUUUCUUACCGGCCAAGGGCCUCCCCGCUUCCGACACUCGCCUCCGGGUCGGGGCCUCCCCAGGCUCCCUGUGCGCCGUCCGUGCUGUGGACAAGAGCGUCCUCCUCAUGAAGCCUGAAGCCGAGCUCUCUCCCAGCUCUGUGUAUAACCUGCUACCAGUGAAGGAACUUCAGGGGUAUCAUCAUGGCGCAGACAUGCUGCCGAUGGAUCCCCAAGAGGAGUGCAUUGCCGCAGAGAAGAUAAUUGUGAAUGGAGUCACCUAUGCUCCAAUGUCUGAGCCAGAUGAAGAGGAUACUUAUAGCAUCUUAAAGGAAAUGGGUUUAAAGGUCUUCACAAACUCCAAGGUGAGAAAGCCACAUUAUUGCCUCCAGUUCCCUCAAGUUGCUUGGGGUUACAGAAGUUCUGAAGGAUUUCACAGUGAAGCCAGGGUAUCAGCACAAGCACUCAGGAGAACUGGUAAAGGCCAAAGGCCUCACAAGCAUUCUGUUCUGAGCAGAGAGCGCAUCUGUGUUUUGGGUUUGGUUCCUACAGACGUAAGUGCCCUGUUGCACCGACUUAAUAACAUCGCCAUCCCGAGCGGGAUAGAGCCGAGUUUGAUGUCCUUAGGUAAUGUGAAUUUCUCUGUGAGUGCAGAGGCCCUGAAGACGGAGCUGCCCUGCGAGAACGAGGUAGCAGUGCUCCCUGAGACAGGGCAGAAGGAUACAGUGAUCAAACAGCUGUUAGUGGAGCCCGAAGGGAUUGAGACGGAAGCAACCUUCAACUCUCUGCUCUGUGCAAAUGGAAAUUCAGAAGCAGGGAAGAUUUCCCUGAAGCUUCCACUGAACGUGGUGCAGGGCUCAGCCAGAGCCUAUGUGACAGUGCUGGGCGAUAUCCUGGGCACAGCCAUGCAGAACCUGCAGCAGCUCCUCCAGAUGCCCUUCGGCUGUGGGGAGCAGAACAUGGUCCUGUUUGCCCCCAACAUCUACGUCCUGGACUAUCUGAAUAAAACGGGGCAGCUGACUGGUGAGCUGCUCUCUCACCCUUUAUUGUUUGAUGUAUAAAUCCUGCUUUAACUUUCCAUUUCAGGUUAUCAGAGGCAGCUGAAUUACAAGCACCUGGAUGGCUCUUACAGCACAUUUGGGGAGCAUUACAGGCAGCCGGGGAAUACCUGGCUGACGGCCUUCGUCCUCAAGUCCUUCGCGCAGGCCCGCUCUCACAUCUUCAUUGAGGAGAAGCACAUCCAGGAUGCCCUGGCCUGGCUCGCUGGCAAGCAGAAGGAAAACGGCUGCUUCCGGAGCUCCGGGACGCUCCUGAACAAUGCCAUAAAGGGCGGGGUGGACGAUGAGGUCACGCUCUCUGCUUACAUCACCAUCGCACUGCUAGAGAUUCCUCUGCCCAUCACUCACUCUGUGGUCCGUAGUGCUUUAUUCUGCCUGGAAACAGCCAUGGAGCAGGGAGGAAGCCACGUGUACACAAAGGCACUGAUGGCCUACGCCUUCACCCUGGCAGGGAAGGAGGAGAAGCACAGGGCACUGCUGGACUCGCUUGAUAAGGAAGCUGUGAAAGAGGAUGGCUCCGUUCACUGGCAGAGGCCUGGGAAGCAGCCAGAAGCUGAUCUCCCGUUAUCACCCCCGUGUCCCUCCGCCGAGGUGGAGAUGACGUCCUACGUGCUUCUCGCUUACCUUCCCAUACGGCCGGCACCAUCCCAAGAAGACCUAUUAUUAGCAGCUCAAAUUGCAACGUGGAUCAGCAAGCAGCAGAAUCCCAACGGGGGCUUUUCCUCCACCCAGGACACAGUGGUGGCGCUCCAGGCCCUGUCCCGAUAUGGAGCCUCUACUUACACCAAGAGCGGAGGAGCAUCCACAGUGACCCUGCAAUCCACAGGGAACUUUCAGACCCAGUUCCAGGUGGAUCACACGAACCGUCUGCUGCUCCAGCGUGUGGCACUGCCAGAGGUGCCAGGAGACUACAGCACGGGGGUGACAGGAGAAGGAUGUGUCUAUGUGCAGACCAGCCUGAGGUACAACGUGCUCCCCAAGCCAGAAGAGGCACCAUUCGCGCUGGAGGUGCACACGGUCCCUGAGACAUGUGACAGGGGGCUCAGUUACAUCCUGCUUCUCUCCCUUGGCUGCUGGCAGCUGGAAGGACAUCACCACAUCCACCGCACAGAACUGAGCACCAACCACGUGCUGCUCUACAUGGAGCAGGUGAGCAAUGUGACUCUGAGCUUCUCCUUCGCGGUGGAACAGGACUUCCCCGUGCAGAGCCUGAAGCCGACGGUGGUGAAAGUCUAUGAUUACUAUGAGACAGGUGUGUGUGCGGGUGGGGCUGGCAGCAGUGGAGGCUGGUGGGCCUGUCAUAAGGGGGGAGAAGUCACAUUCAGAGCCACAGUGAACCUGCUGGGAUAUGGGAUUGAGCAUCUCCCUGCUCCAGGAUGA